AUGUAUACUCAAGCAACCAUACCUACACAGAUUCGAUUGUGUGUAGAGUGCAAGGUUUGGGUUUCGACGGACCUUGAAUGGAUCAAGCAUAACGAGCUACAUGCGCACAAUCCCAGCAUCGUUUACGGACCUGUGAUUGCAGAAGGGAUUCUAGCGGCACCUCGACGAUGUCCGUAUUGCACGAAACAGGGCAUGUAUUUGCAGAUAGAAAACCAUAGCAAAUAUGUCGAGCACAUAGAGGAACAUGUUCGCCAGCAGAUGGCAGAUAACAGCGAUUCUGAGCUUCAUUGUCCUCACUAUUCAUGUGCACAUAUGGGAUUUGACAAGAGGAGGCUUUUGAGUCAUCUUGACAAGGUUCAUGGUAUAUCGUUCUGA